GGCCACACGUUCCUGAGAAGGUUCAAUGGCGUGGCAGGGGAUGGCGACCGAGUUCCUGCAGGUGCCGGCGGUGACGCGGACCUACACCGCAGCCUGCGUCCUCACCACCGCCGCCGUGCAGCUGGAGCUCCUCAGCCCUUUCCAGCUCUACUUCAAUCCGCACCUCGUGUUCCGGAAGUUCCAGGUCUGGAGGCUCGUCACCAACUUCCUCUUCUUCGGGCCCCUGGGAUUCAGCUUCUUCUUCAACAUGCUCUUCGUGUUUCGCUACUGCCGUCUGCUGGAGGAGGGUUCCUUCCGCGGCCGCACGGCCGACUUCGUCUUCAUGUUUCUCUUCGGGGGUGUCCUUAUGAUCCUGCUGGGGCUGCUGGGCAGCCUCUUCUUCCUGGGCCAGGCCCUCACAGCCAUGCUGGUAUACGUAUGGAGCCGCCGCAGCCCCCGCGUGAGGGUCAACUUCUUUGGCCUCCUCACCUUCCAGGCGCCAUUCCUGCCCUGGGCGCUCAUGGGCUUCUCCAUGCUGCUGGGCAACUCAAUCCUCGUGGACCUCCUGGGGAUUGUUGUGGGCCACAUCUACUACUUCCUGGAGGAUGUCUUCCCCAGCCAGCCUGGUGGCAAGAGGCUGCUGCUGACCCCGGGCUUCCUGUGA